AUGAAUUUAGGUACUUCCUUUGAAGUCGAAAGUCCUUCAUGGGUUGAUCUUUCAUCGGAUUCAUCUACACCUUUUUACAGUGGUUGGACAACAGCAGCUGUUGGAGGAAGUGAUAAUAAAACUAUUUAUUUAUUUGGGGGAAUACAAAGGGACGCUUCCAAUACUGACGUAUAUUCAGGAUUUACCUGGCAGUUUGACACAACAUCAAAUGUAUGGUCCCAACCAAGUUUUUCAGGAACUGAACCUCCUAGAAGAAGAAUAACGGAUGCAGUUUCCGGUUCAGAUGGAAAAAUUUAUAUAUUCGGUGGAAUUUAUGAUUCUCCUGUUGGGGCAACCAUAACCGAAAGAUUUGCGGACAUGAUUAUUGUUGGAACUCUUGAUCAGGAUUAUACUUAUGGCACGACCAUUGGAAUACCAUUAGGAAGAUCCGAUCAUACUGCAACUAUGUUAUCGGAUGGAACUAUUGUAUAUAUUGGAGGAUGGGAUGGAGGAAUGCUGUCUUAUAGUAGCACUGCAAGUGGUACUUCAAACCUCGAAACCCGUUAUGGACAUUCCGCGGCUUUAAUUUAUGGUGGUCAAAAUUUUAACGGAUUCACACCCUCACCUGUCCUUAUUGUAUUGGACACAAAUACGUAUAAAUGGACUUCUCCAACAACUUCAGGUUCUCCAGAGCCAGAACCCGUAACUUAUCAUAUUUUUGAUCCAACUGGCCCAACUUCUCAAAUAUAUAUUCUUGACGUAGAUAAUUAUGAAUGGAUUUCUUCAUAUACAUAUAAAUCACCAACAACGACGACUCCUGAUAAACCUAAUAGUACAUCAGGUUCAAUUAAUUCUACUACUAAUACUGGAGGUGGUGAUGGAUUUGGUUCUAAAACAAUUGGAAUAAUUGUUGCUAUUUGUGUAGGUAGUAUAGGAGUAUGUAUUUUAAUAAUUGCGGCUCUUUGUAUAGGUUUUAAAAAAUUUGCAAAGAAAAAGGACAAAAAUCUUACGCCGCCUCAACCUUAUCAACCUCCCCAACCUCCCCAACAUCAAUAUCAAAAGUGGGUCGCUUAA